AUGACUAUUGGUUCCGCAUUCACCAAGCUUGCUGAUGUGAGAUCUUUCAAGUCAUCUUGGAAGGUUCGCGUUAAGGUUCUUCACUCCUGGAGCCAGUUUAGCGGCAUGUCCGGUGAAACAAUGGAGCUGGUUCUCGCAGAUGAACAUAAGAAGGAUAUAGGCCACUUAUCAAAUGAGUUGCAAGAUGGGGAAUGGAAAGUGUUGGAGAACUUUACCUUAUCUCCCGCAACCGGACAAUUUCGACCAAUUAGUAGCAAGUGGAAGAUGUCGUUGUUUAUGAACAUGGUGGUUCUUGAUGUGAGUGAGAUCAGAUCUGUCCCGGUACCUGAGGCAGAAGCUUUCAUGCAUGGUUUUCCAGAUGAUGGUGCGAUUAUUUUCAUCAAAGAGGAUGAUCAAGAGAAAGUUGAGAAAUUCAGGAUUUUCUGCAAAGUUUAUGGAAUAGAUACGGACUGGGGUUGGUACUAUUUCGGAUGUGGAAAGUGUCAAUACAGAUUUACCAAAGAUCUGAAGAAGGAAGCACCCACCAAACCACGUCCCAAUGUACCUAUAUGGUACUGCGACAGAUGCAAAACAAAUGUCAAAAUCUUGUCACUAAAGUUCAAGCUGCUCCUUCUGGUUGAGGAUGAGACAGCGAAAAGGUCUAUUUGGAGCACUAUGGAGCACUUGGGACGUGAGGAGCAAGGAAGGACAUUGUGCUUGGAGCUCAGCUUGACCGCGCAUGCUCAGAUGAAGAAGGAAGCCGCCUUGAAGCCAGCUCGACCAACCCGCGCGACCAACUGGUCGAGCUAG